AUGGACGGCGAGACGAAGAAGUUGUGCUCGGACGUCUUGGAUGAGUUCUUCAAGAUGGAAGCCUCGGAGCCCUUCCGGGAGCGCGUGAACUGGGAAGAGUGGGGUCUCUACGACUACCUCCAGGUCGUCAAGACGCCCAUGGACAUGGGCGCGGUCCGCAUUAAGCUGAACAAGGGCGAGUACAAGAAGCCGGAAGAGUUUGCCAAGGACAUGCGCCUUAUCUGGGACAACUGCAAGUUGUACAACCAGGAUGGCUCGGAGCUCUAUGCCAUCGCGCACAGCCUCGCCAAGCAGUUCGACGACAAGAUGAAGCAGCUCAAGCUCGACGAUGGCCCGCCGUCCAAGUCGUCGUCGUCGUCGUCCCAAGACAUUUACAAGAUCUCUAGCAAGGACCUCGGGACGAUCGUCGAGAUGCUUGAAGAGCGCUGCCCGAAGGCGCUCGACAAGCAAACGCCGGACGAGCUCGACGUCAACAUUGAUGCGAUUGACGCCAAGACGUUCAAGGAAAUCGAGGUGUUUGUCAAGGAGUGCAUUCCCGGCGGGAGCGCGCCCCGAACACUGAAGAAGGGCAAGCGGAAGAGUAAGGACAAGGACGAGAAGACGCCGUCGAAGCGCCAGAAAGAGUAG